AUGGCAGCAAACCGGGGAUUGGCUAGCAAGGAAGACAAAGCGUACCAUCCAGAUCUUGUGCGUCUCAGUUUUAUCUUAAGCAUUGCUUCCUUUCACGUUAAGUGGCUCCAAAAUCUUGAGCAUCAGCCGCUGGACAGUAAGGAAAAAAAAAUUGGUUACGAGCUCAUGGAACACUUGACUAGACUGAACGGAGAAUGCUAG